CAUAACCCAGCUCAGCAGGGGAGAGAUGAGGGCUGGCAUUUGCUAGUGUUAUGUUUUCCCACCUGGGGAUAUCAGCUGCCUGCCAAUAAAUAGGGGGCUCAGCCGUGGCUCCUGCUCAUACACAGCUUGCCUCUCUUCUUGAGCUCUGCAGUGAGCUUAGCUUGGAAGGGCUACAGGGGAGGAAAGAGACAGAAGCAUGCAAGCUGUGCUGCUCAGCCUUCUAGGGCUGGCCCUGCUCCGUGCUCUCCAUGGACAGGAGGAAGUCCCUGUGCAACCUGACUUUCAGCUGGAGAAGUUCACAGGGAAGUGGUACAGCAUCGGCCUGGCCUCCAGCUCCAGGUGGUUCAAGGAGAAGAAGCAGGUGCUGAGGAUGUGCACCACGGUCAUCAUGCCCUCAGCAGACGGAAACCUGGAUAUCACCUCCACCUACCCCAAGCUUGAUAAAUGUGAGAAGAGGAACAGUCUUUUCAUCAAGACAGACCAGCCAGGUCGAUUCAGCUAUACCAGCCCACGUUCGGGUAGCCAGCAUGACAUCCGUGUGGUGGAGACCAACUACAACGAGUAUGCCCUGCUGCAUACCAAGAUGCUCAAGGGCACCGACUCCUUCACCAUGGUGACUCUCUAUGGCAGAACUAAGGAACUGAACCCUGAAUUGCUUGAGAAGUUCUCCCAGUUCUCCAUGGUGCAGGGGCUCCCAGAGGAUGCUAUUCUCCUCCUGCCAAAAACUGACAAAUGCAUGACGGAUGCUGCAUAGGCAGAGGCUGUAAGACACCAUUCUAGGUUUUCUUCAGAGAAAGUGACAUGCUGACUGACCAGCCAGGUCCUCCCCAAAUAGCUGUAGUAGUCUCACGCCCUUCUGGGCUAAUGCUUCUGUGUAUAACAACUCCUCUCAAGUAAAAUUGAAAUGUAAAACACCAA